AAAUAGCAAAACAAAAGCAACGUAAAUAUGCAAACAGCUGGCAGUGUUUGCAUUACCCGUAGUUAUUUUCAGUAACUCGGCAUAUGGUACACAUUCAAUUAUUCAUUUUCAUGCAAUGUAUUAGAAGAUGAAAAUACCACAAGAAAAAUAAACGCACAUGCGUCCCAAAAUCAGUCGGGUAAAGCGGAAGGAGGUGGAGAAGCUUUGUCCGAGGUAGGUGAUCAAAACGCACAUACGCAGAAGCCUGUUAUUAACGUGAGGUUAUUAAUGUGAUGGUGCCCAGUCGUAGAUACAUUAUGUGCAGAAACCAUCUGUCAUGUCCUGUGCUCAAGGUAAUAAAAGAGCGAAGCUAAAAAUGAUUCCCGAAUCAGCUGAUUGAUCCGAGAAAUAGUAUUGGAACCCAGCUGGUGUUUGGCUUCGAAAGAUCCUUAAAUCCGGGUUACAAUUUCGUAACUGGGAAUCGGAUACGAAUUAUUAUUAUUAGCUUUAUCUUCAUGGUGCCAACUAUCUGGUGACGUAAUUGUAUAUUAUAGAACUAUGUGUAUGCAUUUUUUGUUGUUCUUCAAGAUAACGAAUGGAAUGUGAAUAAGGUGGUAUAAGUGGCGCCGUAACACAAGGCGUCUGUAACGGGGGUGUCCUGACGCAGCAGCAGCCUUGUUUACCUGCGACGUAGUUCAACAAAGGGAAUCUUACGCCAUGGAGAGUAGAAAAUAACCAAAAUGUUACGUUUGGGACUAGAGACUAUAUCUAAAAUGCCCUGGUACUUCCCUUGGUCGGAUGCCAUCAAGAAAAGGGCUAUAAGAUAUCUGUUACAAAGAUACGUAGGACAGUUCCUGGAAGAAAAGCUGUCUCUGGAUCAGCUGACAGUGGAUUUGUACAAUGGAACGGGGGCCAUAAAGGAGUUGACUCUGGAUGUGGCUGCCCUGAAUGAGGUUGCUGAUCAAUUAAAUCUUCCCGUAAAGUUUGUGGACGGUUAUAUUGGUGAAAUAUGUGUGUCUGUUCCAUGGCAUGCCCUCCUGUCGGAAAGUUGCUUUGUGGAAGUGUCUGGGCUUAUGGUGACCAUCGAGCCCAAACAAAGGUCUGAGGAUGUAUCCAUGGUAGAUUCCAUGAUCGAGUCUAUGAGCAUGACAACAUCCAUGCAAAUUGCUCAGGAGUGCCUUAAUCAUCAUGAAGAAGAAUGUGAAAUGGAGGACCCAGUAGGAAAAGAUUCUAGUCAGAUGAUUGAGGGCAUUGAACAUUUUGCACAGGCAAUAGAUACAGUACUUAACAGAAUUAAAGUCCGUUUCCUUGACAUAAUUAUCAGACUAGAACAUACACCAAAAGGUAGUCAGUCAGGAGUAUCCUUAGAAGUUCGGAUCAAGAAAGUGGACUAUUUUGAUGAGGCAGGGCUUGGUAAAGGCACUCCAACUUCAGAAUCAUGUAGAGCAGGAUAUGAGCAGCCUGCAUUUGCAUCUAAGAAAUUUCAUAUUGAAGGACUUACCAUGUACACUGAUGAAUUUCCAGCUAAGAGUAAAACAAUGACAAAGUCAGGAAUUGUAGUAUCAUCAGAUUCAAAUUCAUCACCAGAAUCUGGUGGUUCCAAGGUGUCAGGAGACUCUUAUAAGACAGCUGACACGUCUCCAACAGAAGGUAAGGAAUUUGAGUACAAUCAUGAGAAUCAUGAGAAAACUGUAAAGAAGCUCAUUACCAAUGCAAGCAUUCCAAUGGAGCCUAUUCUCUUUGCUAAACUAACUGGUUCCCAGGAAAUUAGCUUAAAACUUAAACAGGCAGAUGUAAUGGGCCCAAAAGUAGAUCUACGAAUGAACUGUGGAUCUCUUAUAAUGUUCCUCUCGCCUAGGCAAAUUCACCUACUAAUGGAGUUAUCAGAGGGCAUAGCAUCUCCAGAUAAACUUGACCUUGAUACACAAACUCCAGGUAUGUUGCGUACCAAACAGAAACCAAUGGAUCCACAUGAUUUCCGUAAAGUAGAGAGUGAGCUUCGGAAAGAACUUCGUUCAAAUACUGUUGCAAGUCAGGCUCUUAAUCUUCAUCAGGGUUGGUCUGUGACACCAUUAGAAGACAGUGAUGAUGAAUUUGUACCCAUGAGUAGUGGUCCAGGAAUUAUGAGAAAUAUGUCUAGUAGUCAGCUCUCAGGCUGCUCUGAUAUGGAAAGUUCUUUUGGCUCAAAUAUGUCAGGUAGCACUGUGAAGUCUGCAACUGUUGGAGCCUCAACAACACCCACCUUCCGCUACACAGGCGUGGGUGUCAUGAUGGGUGAUCAUGCAAUAGGGGGGUCUACUAAAAAGAAAAGUGAACAUGGUAGUAAACUCAUGGAUGAUCCCUCUGCGGUAGUGACUCAUUUCCGAGUCCAGGUUAGUAGCUUGGCAGCUGUUGUGCUUCAUGAGGAUAUCUUGACACCAUCACUAGACAACUCAAACAUGGUAUCAAAAGCCUCAGUUGCAGAAAUGCAGGCAAAGUCAGAAGACUUUUUUUCUGUACUUGGUGUGCAUGGAUUAUCAGGCUAUAGCUAUGGUGCAUUCCAUGAGGCCAAGCAAAAAUUUGCUGAUGCUUGUCAAAUUAAUCAUUUAAGAUUUAUGGCAGCUCCUUUAACAAUUGAAGGUAGUGAGAAGAGCCUUGCAAAUAGAUGGGAAAUGAGUGUGAAUAUGUCACUUGGUUGUGCUGAAAUUCUUGAGUGCCUUGUGGAUUCAUCAGUAUCUCCUGCAAAGAUAGAAUAUUCUGAACUGCUAACUUUCAAGGAAACUUUGAAAGAACCAACCACAGAGGCUAUUUAUGGAGGCACUGUGGAACCAAAGCUUAGAGUACAGAUCUCACAGUCCCAAAAUAUGACUGCCAUGGGAAGAACUAGGAGGAUGAGCACACCUAAGUUAGAUAUCAAAGUUAAUUUGGGUGACUGUGUAUCAGAGAUUGAUAUGUCUAUAGUAGAUCGCAUAUCUGCUCUAAUCAAUAGACAACAGGUUUGCACAAAGGCAACAGAAGAAGUGUUCUCUCCAGAACUACCCCCAAGUUAUAUAAAUAAUCAAGCUUGUUUCAAACAGACUUUAGAUGAUGCAACUCUUCACCCAGAGACACGUGUCCAUGUCAAAGUAUCUUCAUCAUCUCUGACAGUAAAACUUAGAUUUCCAAUACCUGAUUUACGGCCCACUUCCAAUAUGGAUAGGGUUCCUUGGUGGAAAAGAAAUGUCAGAAAAGAUAUACUGUCUUUAGUAUUGCAGGACUUUGAAUUUGUUACUACCAUAGAUCCACACAUGCCCUAUAGUUCCUAUGAAGUACGUAGUGGUGACAUCCAUGUGCUUUUCCAAGAAAGAGAAGAAGAUACACCAAUAUCCUUGGUGAGGGCAAGCUCAAGCAGAGGUUCAGAAAGAGGAUUUGAUCUCCCACGAGUUGUGAUAAUGGUGCAUCCAAUGCAGCCUUGGACAUCACUGGAAGAAGAAGCCCCAAGACAAGAAAAUAUCAUGGCAAAAUCUAUGAUGGGAUUUUUAGAGGAAGUUAGUGAGACAGAACCCAGUCCUUUCAGUCGAAGGAAAGUUGCCUCCCAGCAGCCUGGUGAUGGCCAGGCAGAAGAGCUUACCAUCCCUGCAGAAAAGGAGGAAGUUUUAGAGUUUAUGGAGAAUACUUUAAAGAAUGUGCAGC